GCCAUACUACUUACUUCAUUAAGGAAAGCUUGUAAGCCCUUCACUUAGUUUCUUUCUUCAUAUACUUUAUGUUUGAUCACAUCAUCUUACUUUGUAUUUUGCUUCAACAAAACCAUACCUUAUUUCAACAUUUUAUAAUACCAGCAUCUAUCAUGACAUAUAGUAAAACGAAUUCCAUUUUUUAUAACCAUUAGUCUAAAGAAUCUCCUUCUUUGGUGUUAACUAAUUAUCAACAGUCUCAUUUUUCUUUUUCUUUCUUUCCAUUUUAAUGUUUCAAAUUACAUACUUGUGUAACACGUUUCAACACUCUUGUAAAUUCAACACUGAACACUACAACAUUGCUUCCAUCAUCUGCCUUGCAAUAUUUGGCAUUUUCCCCACACUUCAACCCUAAUUCUAUUAUAGCAUAAAUAGAGGAGGAGAGGUUGUCUCUACAAUCCAUCCUACCUUUGUUUGAACCACAACCCUUAUUCACAACCUCCGACUGCACCGUUGCCUGCAUCUCUUAGAACGGCUGUUGAAACAUAGAAUUGAGGUACUUGUUUUGUUCAGCACUUCAUCAACCAAGCUCAUGGCUACUGAAUAUCCUAAGGCGAACAAGCCAAUCCAGUUUUUCAGGGUCAUAGUUACUGAAAAUCCUUCACAUGGAAAGCUUGUAAAACCUUGUAUGUUACGAAUAAAGUUUGUGAAGAAAUAUGGACAAGGUUUAGCAAAAGUUAUUUGUCUAAAGACUUCCAAUGGGGAAAAUUGGAAAAUAAAUUUGGUGAUCAAUCAUGGCAAAAUAUGGUUUGGAAAAGGUUGGAAGGAAUUUGCACAGUAUUAUUUUCUAGGUCAUGGCCAUUUUCUGGUUUUUAAAUAUCAAAGACAUUCUAAAUUUCAUGUAGACAUCUUUGAUAAUAAGUCUACGCUAGAGAUAGAUUACCCUCCCAUAAGAGUUGAAGCGGAAAAGGUUUCUGAAAAUAAUGAAGAUUUUAGAACAAGUAAGAAGCGAAAAGCAAACUCUUCCUUUGAAUUUGGAAGCACUGGUUGUGCCAAGCAUCAUACUCACAAAAGGAGCAAAGAGUCUUCUCAACAAAAUGAUGAAGCUACUCAAGGAUAAAGAAAGCAAAUAGAAAUCAUCAAUUAUUUUCCUUGUGGUUUUUUGAAAAUUUGAUGUAAUUGUGUUCAAUGAAUUCUAGUUUUAUUUGUAAUUUAGCCUAAUGGCAAGGAAUGUAUUAUGAUAAAAAAAAAUUGAAGUUGAUUAUUUAUGUUAUAUGCUAGACUUGUGUAAUCUUUUGUUUUAUGGUUGAAUACCAUGAGAAAUGUCAUGCUUAAAUUGUU